AAUGAUCUAAAGCUGUAAGCACUUUCUCCACUCCCAUUUUUAGGAGCGUUUCCUUUUCUCUGAAGCCUCGCACUCUCAGGGGAUUUUGCAGAAUCGCCAUUCAUUUGCUUGAUUCCUUCUUCUUCUUCUUCAUUCGAUUCUUUCUACUCUUCUUAAGCUUACUAUGUUGCUGCAUUGGUGAGAGCUUAGAAUGGCUGGUGGCGGCAACGGCGGUGGGGGAAGAGGAUCUUUUCUGAAGAAAGCUGCUAGGAAGAUUUUUGUUGCUACAUACGCAUGCCGCUCCUCCUCUCGUAGAAAAUCUCGCUCUGUCUCGAAUUUGUCUGCUUCGUCCGCACAAAAACCGAAGCACGCUGUAGAAGCAGUUGGGGAAGCUGAAAUUGCAGAACAAAUAGAAUCAAGAACCUCGAACAAUCUGCCUUCCAAGAAUCUGUGCCCGAUAUGCCUUGAUCCUCUAAUCUACAAAACCGAAGGGUGUCGUCCAGGGCAGGCCAUUUUCACCGCACAGUGUUCUCAUGCAUUCCAUUUCUCUUGCAUCUCAUCCAAUGUCCGUCAUGGCAGUGUCACAUGCCCAAUUUGUCGAGAUCAAUGGACUCAGCUGCCCCGGAAUUCAGUCCCACUUUGCACCCAGAUUGAUCCUAUUCUCCGUAUUCUUGAUGAUUCCAUUUCCACAUCCCGCAUCAACCGCAGAUCCUUCCUGCUCUCCAGCCAUUAUGAUGACGAUGACCGUGUCGAGCUUGACCGUACACCUACUCAUCAUUCUCGUCUUUCUUUCUCUCUACAUUUGGCCACAUCAAGCUUCUGUCCUCCCAUUCAAGUGAGCGGAUGUGCCCCCUGUUACCUUUGCUACAACCGCCUAACUCGUCCGCCACUGCCACUGCCUCAGCAAUUCCCCUGCAGAAGCCCCUCUCCCUUGUUGCAACCACCUCGUAUUACAGCCAAGCCCAGGAACAGGACAAGAGCUUACCUUUCAGUGAAAUUGGCACAUCAAAGAGCGACUGACUUGGUCCUAGUUGUGUGUUCCAAUGGUCCGCACUUGAGGCUCCUCAAGCAAGCCAUGGCCCUAGUGAUUUCCUCCCUCCAUUCCAUUGACUGUUUGGCCAUCGUUAUUUACUCAUCUUCUGCAACCGGUGUGUUCCCUUUGAGGCGGAUGACAUCUUAUGGAAAGAGAGCUGCCUUACAAGUCAUUGAUCAUCUGUUCUACAUGGGGCAGGCAGAUGCUGUGGUAGGGCUGCAGAAAGCUAUUAAGAUACUUGAGGAUAGCACCCACAAGAACCCCAACUCCUCCGUCCUGCAUCUAUCCGAUAGCCGAAUUCAGCCAUACCGUCUCAUCAACUUGGAAUCUCCUACUGUCCCAAUCCAUUGGUUUCAUGUAGGAUUGGGGUUCCGAACUUCACCUGGUUUUGUAAUGCAGGAGUUUGAAGAGUUCCUGAUGACAAAAGUAUUUAGAGGAAUCAUCAGAGACAUCCAACUAAAAAUUGUUGAGGAAAGCAGCAGAUCAACCAUCAUUAAUAUUGCAGAGUUGAGAGGCGACGAAGAAAAGAUAAUUGUAAUAGACAAUCUGUUGAGUGAUAAUGAAGGACAUGUCAGGGUGAGAUACAGCUACGUCGAUGGCGAGAUCAGCGGCGAGGAGUGUAUGAAAGCAGGCGAGACCCUGCUAAGUUUAGGAAUCAAGAGCAACAAUGAUGUUACUUUCAAUGAAGCUGGUCGCGAAAACAGGGAAGAGGAUGCAAGUUUAAGCAGGAGGAUUAGCAGCGUCGAACGAUGGGAUCAUCACGAUCCGUUCGGAGCUAGAAGAUGGUCCAAGCACUUGCAUUCUUACCGGCUAUAAUUCAAGAGAUGAAUGAACACAAAGUAGAAAAGAGCUCUAGAAUGUGGUACUCAAGUGCUUGGUUGAAGAAGGGUGUAAAUAAAUUGUUUGAAAAUAAAAUAUCUAAGAAUUUUA